CUCACCUGAGUCACCGCCAGACUCAGUGGGUCCGGCAGGAAUGCAGCAGGCAGGACUUACCCUCGUGGCUGUGGCUGUCUGUGUGGCUUUUCGAACCUCAGAAGCCAUACUUCCCAUAGCUUCCAGCUGUUGCACUGAAGUUUCCCAUCAUAUUUCCAGGAGGCUUCUGGAAAGAGUGAAUUCAUGCAGCAUCCAGAGAGCUGACGGGGACUGUGAUUUGGCUGCAGUCAUCCUCCAUGUUAAACGCAGAAGGAUCUGUGUCAGCCCGCACAACCGUACUCUGAAGCGUUGGAUGAGAGCCUCAGAGGCGAAGAAGGAAGGCAAAGGAAAUCCCUGCCAUAAGAAGCGGCACAGCAGGAGGGCCCGAAAGAGUCACACCCGGAGAAAGCACGGAACCCAGGGCCACAAAGCUCCUCGUUAGAACAGACGCGUGACCCUACAGAGAGAACUCCGCAAGUGAACCGGCCCGUAGUUGGUCCUAAAUUUCUCACCCGAAUCUUCCUCACGGACACCCAUUGUUGUUUUGCUUUGUUUGAAUAAUUGCCGCUAAGGAUGUAAGUCGAGUGGUGAAGCGCUUGUGCAGCAUGUAAGUUCAAUCCCUGGCACCAAAAAGCAAAAAACAAACAAAAGUGUGCACAAGUAACCAAUACUAUACUUAACUGAAUAUGUAACAUUCAUCUUUAUAUAUAAAACUUAGAGGGAUAAUAUAGAUAGAAGUGCUCUAACUUUUUAAGUUCUCCAGUCCUACAGGGGAGCUGAAGGAUGGUACAAGGAUUAUGUACUUACCUGCCACCUACACUAGUCACUGUUAAUAUUCUCUCUCUCUUCCGUUUGUGUGUGUGUGCACAGUACAUACAUCUAAGAGCUUUUCCACUACACCAUUUGAAAAGUGGCAAACGUGACUUUUGUCUAGUCCAUUUCCUGUUACUGAAACAACAUUUCUGAUUCUGUAACUUCUUAAAAAUUCCAAGUUUAUUUGGCCCGGGUUCCUGAGGUGGGAAAGUCCAAGAACUUGGCACUGGCAUCUGGUUGGCAUCUGGGAGGAACUUUUCAAUGUACCUUACUGUGACAGAGGACCACAUGGGGCAAGGUAGCCCAGUGUACUAACUCGGAUCCUUUCCUUUUCUAACAAUGCCACUAGGCACGUCAGGGAGCCUGCACCCACGCAGCCUCGUUUAACCUCAGCCACACCCAAAGGCCCAUCUCCAAAUGCCAACAACAUGUAGAUUUAAGGAUCGAGUUCCAACACAUAAAUAUCUGCGGAACACACUCAAACCAGAGCAACACUUCAGCCCUUAUUGCUCUCUAGAAUUAUCACUUGGUAUCACCUAAGAAUAAACACAUUUUCCUAAAUAAUUACACUAGCAGUUUUAUACCCGGAAAGUUAGCAAUUUCCUAUAGUCUAUACUCAAUUUUUUUUAUUUCCAGAUGACUUUAUAUAAUUUUUUUCAGUCCAGGUUUACAUAU